AUCAUCAAACAUCACCAACUCGAUCACCGUUUGCUUCUCUGCCUCUGCUGUUUCGUGUGCUGUUGUGGUGUUGUGAGCUCGGGUGUGUUUUGUGUAGUGCCGUAACCGAGCCGUUGUUGUUGUUUCGCGAAUUCUAGUGCUAUCUUGAAACGCAGACCGACCCAACUGGUGUCCGCGGCCUACCCUGCACACUUCCGCGCGAAGUGACCCGCUUCGGCAGCCAGGAGAACAUCGAGCGAACUAUGAUUCUGACAAGUUGACAUGGCGUCCGAGCUGGCACCGAGGCUUGUUCGAGCGAUCCACAAUUUCAAGGGCAAAAAUAAUGACGAGCUCUGCUUCAAGAAGGGGGACAUCCUGACAGUUACCCAGGCCUUGGAAGGGGGCUGGUGGGAGGGCACCCUGGAUGGCAACACAGGCUGGUUUCCCAGCAACUACGUCAAGGAACACAGGCCCGAUGCAUCUAAAGUAACCAGCGCACAACCCAAGGCCGUGGACCUCUCCCUCAGCUCGCGGCACAACAGCAUGAAGCUCUACCGGAGCAUGGUGUUCAAGGACAUCUUUGACACGGAGGCAAACCACCUGCACGAGCUCAAGAGCCUUUUCUCUGGCUAUCUGCAGCCGCUGGAGCAGGCCAAGCUACUGAGUGAGCAGGACUUCAACCAACUGGUGGGCAACCUGUCAGUGGUGCUCGAGGUUCACUCGGACCUGUUGCUUGCCCUGGUUGCAGUCAAGGAGCAGGACGGUCGUGAGCAGCGUGUGGGGGGGGCCUUCCUCCAGCUGGCCCCCCGCAUGAAGGCGGCGCAGCUCGACUACUGCGCCAACCACCCCCGGGCCGUGCAGUUGCUGGACAGUCUCAAGGACACCCUAAGUCGAUGGCUUGAGCAGCAGUCUCCACCAGGCAGUUUGCUGGCACUGACGGUGGGGUUGAGUCAGCCGUUUCGUCGUCUGGACAAGUAUCCCGCCCUUCUGACGGAACUCCAGAGGCACACCGAGGAAAGCCACCUGGACAGGGGGGACACGCAGCGGAGCGUCUUUGUCUACAAGGAAAUGGCGGCAAGCUGCUCUGCGAUGCGUCGCCAGAAGGAGCUGGAACUGGAGGUUCUAGCAGGCACUGUGGAUGGCUGUGAUGGCGAGGAGCUACAGUCGCUGGGAGAACUGCAGCACGUGGGUCCCGUAAUACUCGUGUCGGGCGACGACCGCAGAGACCGUUACCUGGCCCUCUUCCACUCCUGCCUGGUCCAGCUCUCUCUGGCCAACGGACGCUUCUCCUAUCAGGGCCACUUUCCCGUACCUGGGCUUGUCUUGGCUCCGGCUCAAGAUCCAGCCGAGGGUUGUGCCUUUGAUAUCCAGGGUCCCACGCUGUCUCGGACCACGGUGCUGUGCCGCAGCGCGGAGGAGGCGUCGCAAUGGAAGGCCAAGCUCGGCCCCCCAGGGCCAGCCCCACCUGCGCCCAGUCCCACUCGGAGGGCGCUGACACCCGUGCCUGCUCACCCGACGGCUGCUCACCCGACGGCUGCUCACCCGACGGCUGCUCACCCGACGGCUGCUCACCCGACGGUUGCUCACCCGACGGCUGUUCACCCGACGGCUGUUCACCCGACCGCUGCUCACCUGACGCCGGCUCACCCGACGCCGCUCGUGGCUCCCGUCCCCAGGGUGGACGUCGUCCGACCUCCAAUAGAGGAUCGCAUCAGGCCCCCGGCCUCCGAGAGCGUCCCGUCGGCACCCCCGGCGCCCGGCCCGGUGUGGUGCCUGAGGCCACACCCACCCCUGCGGCCGUGCCCACCCUCCAAGACACGCCCCCACGUGGUGCUGCGCAGGCAGAGGCAGCGGAGGCCGGGCGUGCCUCGUGCUUCGCAAGGUCCCCAGGGGGACGGGGCGCCCCACGUGGAAGACAUGCAGCUGCUCCAGGUGAUCGAGGCCUACUGCUACAGCACCACUCGCACCAGGCACACGGUGAACUCGGCCCUCCUGGACUGCCCACAGGUGAUCGUGGCAGAAGACGAGAAGAUCAUCGUGGAAGACACCCGGGGAAAAAUGCCUGUCCUGGAGGAGAGGAGUCUCGUGGACACAGUCUAUGCCCUCAGGGAUCAGGUCAAAGAACUAAGAAACGAAACGAGCCAGCUGACAAGGGCAUUAGACGAGGAGCGGCAAGCAAGACAUCGUCUGGAGGCCUUGCUGCGACAGCACCUGCUGCUCGGAGCCUGCGACCAGUCGUUGGUCAUCUCAGAAGCCUGAACGUCCGAUGGCCGUUGCAGCCACGCUGCCAGGCCCGUCGCCAACGCCCGAUAGAGUCGCAGCGCGCUCUCAGAACACCGUGUUCCGUCGUGGCCGCCGAGAAUGUGGAUAGAAUUCACCGAUUGGCUCGCUGCGGUGCUGCCAUUUUCAAUUCGGAUGGACUAGAGUUGCUAGAAAAAUGUGCUCGAAGUAUUGGCACUUUUUUCACCCCCUGCCCGACGCCGGCACAAUGUUUGUUCGUCCAUUCGCAUUGUACGACAUCUGUUCAAGUGCCAGCGGGUCAUGGCCGCCGCCAUUUUGGUGUAUAGAGCCGCCCGCGACAGUUAUUGUUUUAAAAUGUGACUUUUUAACAUUACGUACGGCAUUCGAUAGUCACGUUAGGUCAUCACGUGAGGCGUUGUACCUCACGGUGUUAGAUCAUCAUUUGUGAAGCACGUUGGCAAAAGCUGGUGACGACUGGCAAUUAUUGAUUCUAUGGACUAAUAUAACCAAGGUGUUGUCACUCCAAAGCGUAACUUGUUUAGUGGCCCUUAGAUAGUCAUCGUACGGGCGCGCAGUCGUGGGAUUAUUACAUCGCGGUGCACAUUAAAUUAAAGACUUGAUUGGCAGCUAUACCGCACUGGUCAAAUUAACCAUCUACAGCAAAGAUCCCAAAUGUCGUUUUUAAUGGCCGACUCGCUUCCUGCUGUCGAAAUUUCUGUGUACAACAAAUCUGACUUCUUAAUUUCGCGGCUAUGUUGAUGCUAGCCAAGCUAGACCAAGCCACGAAGCAUUGUACGCCAAUGUCCGAUUACGUGUAAAUACGAAAGAGUCUCACUUAUUUUUAUCCUACCUAGGAGCUUUCUCCUUUUUAUCGAAAACAGAUUUAGUUUUGAUAGUUCGCUUCGACGACGUUGGAGUUUUAGUUCCUAGCUUUCACUACUGAGUAUACGAACGUGUACGCGAGCUUGUACAAAAAAGCCGCGCGGUAGUCCGUGGGGAUCCAGCGAUUUUAGUGUCCGACAAACUGCGGCAUUGUGGCCUUGUCUCCGGAGUGUUGCUCGUCCUUCGAUUUAUGAGGGUGUGUGCGGCGGUUGUCAUAACCAGUGUGGGAAGAUGUGGAACAUUUCUAAUGCGAAAGAAAUCUUAAUGCAAUGAAGGUAGGUAGCGGCCCCACGAGGAGUCAAGGUUGCUUGGGCUCACAGACCUCGACUCUUUGGAGUGCAAAGCUCGUUGCGAGAUUCACAGCGACUCGAAAAUCACGUUAUAAGUUAAUAAAAGUUGACGAAAGGUGCCAAAGCA